CAUCCUGAAACAGCCAAAAUGUCCAAAGGAAAUCAAGAGGAAGCAUCCUCCCAAUCUUUCUCUUGAUUUCUUCCUUCAUUUUGCAAUCUCAUCUUCAUGAUUUAAAUCCAAUCAAUAAUACCAAAAGUCAAACAAAUUAAAUCACCCAAAAAAAUCAAUACCAUCAUCCAUCUUUUCAUCAUAUAUCAUUAUUCAAUACCAUAGAUCAUAACUUUGACGCCUAAAAUUAUUUUUCUUGUAAUGCCAUUUUUUCAUAUUAUUUUUUUGAAUUUGUUUUUUAAAUUCGUGAUCGUAAAGACCACAAAAACUUUCAUAUAAUUCACCUUUUGUUGGUGCUAUACAAUAUUUGUAUCGAAUAUUCAGCUGUGAAAAUUGAAUUUGUGAUUUGAUUUUUUAUUUUUCCGAUACAAAUGCAAAUCAUAUUUCGUCCAAACCAAAUCAAAUUGAAUUCUUGUGAUGCUAUAUAGUUUUCAUACAAUUUAGCACACUAAGAAAAGAUUAUCCAUGAAGCAUCAAUGGAGAAGAUUAUUAGGAAGAAUGAAGGAUAGAAGUAGCAUUAUAAUGUCAAGUUUAACAUUAAAAACAAGACAUAGACAUUCUGGUUUAGAAGGAUGUAUAAUCAAAGCCACUAGUCACAAUGACUCUUGUAUGGAUUACAAGAGUGUAGAAAGGGUGUUUGCCUAUGUUAAAACAUCCCCUAGUCAAUUGAUCAUCUUCUUGUGGGCCCUGACUCGACGUAUCGAACGUACACGAAAUUGGGUUGUUGCGCUUAAGUCUCUUAUUUUGUUUCAUGGUGUCCUUAGUAGUAAGGCACCAGGAACACGAAAAAUUGGACGUCUACCCUUUAAUUUGUCGUGUUUUGAAGAUGGAUAUGUUACGGUUUCUGAUCGAUUGGCUUUUGAUUUGUUCGUCCAGGCCUAUUUCGUGUUCGUAGACCUUAAGUCUGUUACAUUAUUAGCAGAGUUGAAUGAUGAUAUGGUUGUGCAAAUGGAGGAGGAAAAAGAAGGGGUUAAAAGAGAGUUAGUAAGGGUUCAAAGAUGGCAAAAAUUGAUGGGUGUAAGUCUAAAUGUUAAGCCUUGUGGGGUAAUUAGAGAUAAGGUGUUGGUUAUUGAGGCUAUGGAUUGUAUGAUUAUUGAAGUUUUAGAGUUGUAUAGUAAGAUUAAUCAAGAAAUUGAUGAAGUUUUGGAUAGAAUAUACAAAAAUAAGGUGGGAAAAGGUGAAGUUUUGAUGGUAAUUGAUGUAUUGCAUAAGGCUAACAAACAAGGGGAUGAUUUGUGUGAUUAUUUCGAGUUUUGCCGUAAAGUUGGGUUGAUUCGUGCACCCGUUUGUGUUGAAAUUCAACGAUUUUCAAAAGAUGACUUUUUACGAUUAGAGAAGAUUAUGAAUGGUAACGAGGUGUGUACGUCGAUGUCGCAAAUUGAUUAUGAAAAAGAGAGAAAAGAUGUUGAAUACAAUAAGACAAGUUUGAAAACGGUAAUUACAGAUAAAUGGAAGGUUUUUGAUGAAGAUUUCAAGGAAGUCGAGGAUGGAGGAGGUGGUGUGCAUAUGGUGGUCGAGGAGAAGGAGGAUCCCUUUGCACCUUAUUGUUCAAGUUUGAAUUUGAGUUUGAGUUCGAGUUCGGGUUUGCCACAAGCAAAUCAUUUGAACCCUUUCAUAGACUAUUAUGCAGAUAGACCUUUCCAACAAGAGCAAGUGCAAAUGCUUAGUUUGAUAUAGAAUUGUUUCUCAUUUCAGGCUUUGGUUUUGGUUUGUUUGGAUUCUAGGCUUUUUGGUGAUUGUCAUAGAGUAAAGGGUUAAUGGUUGUGUUAGGGGCAUGUUCAGUAUUUCCUUUUUGUUGUAUAAUGCAUGAACCCAAUUCAAUAAGGUUUUUGUAAACAAUUAGGAGUAUAUUCUGAUCAAA